CUGAUGUCAACGGCAGCAAACGUAAACAAACACCUUGUAUGACUGCACAAUUGAUGCAAUCUAGUUAAAUGAAAAUAAAGCUUUAAAUUAUGCUUUAGCUUGUGGUCGAUUCGUACUCCUAAAAAUGGAAGAAUCUCCUCCCUCCGCAGCACCGGAAAGCUUGCAAUGUCGGCUCUGCCUGCAUACGGCCGAUUUACUGAUUUCAAUAUUCGGUAAACGGGGCCGUGAGGCGCAAAUGUGCCAAAAGCUUCGCGAACACUUAAAACUCACGGUUAAAGAGGAUGAAACGCUGCCCAAACACAUCUGCCUCAAGUGCUGGGACACGGUGGAGUACAUCGAUUCGUUCGUCCGCCGGGUGGAACAGAAUCAAUCCGUUCUGGCGUACGGUGAACGGGGAGAAAUAACCUUUAUUGUGAGCGUAACAGCACCGCCGGUCGAAAUCGAUGAAAGUUAUGACUUGCGGAAGGACUCUGGAGAUCCACCCUCGUACGAUGAGGCACAGAAAACGAAGCAGGCCACAGCUGUGUACGACGAGGGGGAGGGGGAAGAACUGAUCGAAAUCAUUGAAGCGCCUUGCGAAGAUACGAUCUCGGAAGAGGAAAAUCUGGUCUAUGAUCUGCUCCCGUUCGAUGAUGAUUCCGACGAGCGAACAGCGGCCGAGAGGGAUGAGCUGCGAGAGGAAACAGACCCAAUCGGCAACGGUGUGACGACCGUCGUCAGCACCACGGACGAAGAAGCUGGCAUUCUCGUCCGGGUGAACGAUUACGACUUUCCACCGAUGAUCAAGGACGGCAGGAUGAUUGUGCAUGGCGAGGAGCUGGAGAAAUGUCUUGCCGCGUACUACGGACUGGUGUGUGAGCUCUGCCACCAGCGAAACUGGGCCACGAUCGGGGAACUGUUCGCCCAUCACCGGGCGGCCCACGGUCGGGAGGGUUUUGUGAACUGUUGCGGACGAACGAUUGAAAAGAAAUCGCAGAUGGCCAUGCACAUGGCAAAACAUGUGCAACCGGAAGCGUUUGAAUGUCCAAUAUGCAAGAAGAUGAUGACCACGCCACGCAUACUGAAGGCGCACAUGCAGAACCACCUGCCGGAGGAGGAGCGACCGCUCAAGUGUGAUCUCUGCCCAAGGCGCUUCAGCUACAUCAGCGCACUGCUCAUACACGCCUCGACCCACCGGGAAGAGAACGAGGCCAAGUGCGCGUACCAUCUGUGCCACAGCUGCGGGCGAGCGUUCCGCUCCGGGGACAAGCUGGCGGAGCACAUUGCCCUGUCGCACAGGACGGACGGCACCAGCAACUGUGUGGUGUGCGACACGUGCGGCAAAAAGUUCAUCUCGAAAAGCAACCUAAACUACCACCUGACCACGCACCAGCCGAAGGUGCUGCAUCAGGUGCAGUGUGAGCAUUGCGGGAAGUGGCUAAAGAACAAGCUCUGCCUGCGGAAGCACAUGCUGCAGCACUCCCAGGUGCGGCAUGCCUGCGACCAGUGCGACUACACCACCAUCAACGCGCAGAGCCUGCAGAACCAUCGCCGGGUGCAGCACACGGACGAGAAACCGUUCGUUUGUCCUACCUGCGGGAAGUCGUUUAAGGUGAAGAGCAACCUGCGGGAGCAUCUGGCACAGCACCAGCAGGAGCAGAAGUAUUCGUGCGAGUUCUGCUCGCGAAAGUUCACGUCGAAAAGCAACUACUACUGCCACCGGAAGCGGAUGCAUCCGAACGAGCUGGAACAGGAAAGGCGAAAAAAGGAGCAGGAGGAAAGUGCCCAUCGCAUCAGGCUAAAAUUAAAACAGCAGAGACAGUAAGGUCACGGUUCUCAAAAACUGUGUGUGCGGAAGAAUAAAAACGGUAACAAGGCUUGGAUAACCGUUA